CCGUUCGUGGUCUGGCUGGCUGGCUGGCUGUCUGUCCUCCGGCGACGGCGCGCGCGUGCAGACGAGACGUGCCCAUAAACAUUUCCCUCCUCCCUUCCGGAGCCCCCUUUCCUGGCCUCUUCUCCUCGGGAGCCUCCCCUUCGCGGGUGCUCCAUCCAUCCAAUCCUAUUAUGACAUUACGAUGCCACUCCCCAUUGCCUUCCUCCUCCCCCUCUUCUUCCUCCUCGCCGCCACCGCUCCCUCCUCCCGCGCCGCCGACGCCGACGCCGCCCCCGCCGUCCCGCAACCCAGAGGGUUCUACAUAAACUGCGGCGCGGACAAGGAGGUGCAGGUGGGGAGCAUCAAGUGGGUCCCGGACGCCGGCUUCAUCGCCGUCGGCAACGCCUCCGCCGUCAACAAGCCCGCCAUCCUGCCGGUCCUCGCCACGCUGCGCCACUUCCCGGACGCCACCGCGCGCAAGUACUGCUACACCGUCCCCGCCGUCAAGGGCUCGCGCUACCUCGUCCGCACCACCUACUUCUACGGCGGCUUCGACGGCGGCGCCGAGCCCCCCGUGUUCGACCAGAUCGUCGACGGCACCCUAUGGAGCGCCGUCAACACCGCCGACAGCGCCCGCCGCGGCAUGUCCACCUACUUCGAGAUGGUGGCGCAGGCGCAGGGCAAGUCCAUGAGCGUCUGCCUCGCCCGCCGCCCCGACACCAGGUCCAGCCCCUUCAUCUCCGCCCUGGAGCUCGUCGACCUCGAGGACUCCAUGUACAACACCACCGACUUCGACAAGUACGUCCUCAGCACCGUCACGCGCAGCGCCAUGGGCGCCCAGGGCGAGAUCAUCAGCUAUCCAGAUGACCAGUACAACCGGUACUGGGCGCCGUUCACGGACGGCAACCCCACGACGGAGAGCCACUCGCCGAUCGCGCCGGCGGACUUCUGGAACCUGCCGCCGGCCAGGGCGCUCAAGGGCGCCAUCACCACCAGCCGGGGGAAGAAGCUGACCGUGCAGUGGCCGCCCCUGGAGCUGCCCUUCGCCAGCUACUACGUGGCGCUCUACUUCCAGGACCCGCGCACGGCCAGCCCCUACAGCUGGCGCGUCUUCGACGUCUCCAUGAACGGCAAGGACUUCUUCCGGGGGCUCAACGCCUCCGCCGCCGGCGUCAUGGUCUACUCCAACACCAUUCAGCUGGCCGGGAAGACGGAGAUCCUGCUCACGCCCAACGGGACCUGCCCCGUCGGCCCGCUCAUCAACGCCGCCGAGAUCUACCAGAUCGUGCCCGUCGGCGGCAGGACCGCCACCAGCGAUGUGGGUGCAAUGGAAGAUCUCGCGAGGAGCUUGAAGAACCCGCCGCCUGACUGGGCCGGCGACCCCUGCCUGCCGCGGCAGAACUCGUGGACCGGGGUCGGUUGCUCCGACGACUCACCCGUGCGUGUCCUGUCACUGGAUCUAAAAAAUCGUGGUCUUUCAGGAUCGCUUCCCGACAGCAUUGGAAAUUUGACAGGGAUGAAUACCAUUUCUCUCAGUGGCAACAAACUCUCAGGACCCAUACCUGACUUCAGCAGCACGCAGACCUUAACUGCACUGCAUCUUGAUGGCAAUCAGUUCAGCGGAGCGAUCAACCCGUCGCUGGGAAACCUCACCAAUCUUAAGGAACUGUUCCUGAACAACAACAAUCUCUCCGGACUGAUACCACCAAGCCUGAAAACCAAGCCUGGACUUGUCAUGAGGACUGAGGGAAACAAACUUCAAUGAGGCUGGCAAGGAGGAAAUAUCGUGAUGCUAAUUUGUGAAUCUGAUGGUGCACUUAUGUAUACAAGAGAUACAAUUUGAAGAAGGGAGAAGAGUGAAAGGGCUUCAGAAAGUGUAGGAUGAUGAUAUACUAAUGUACCAUGUGUAUUUAUGUGAGCUGAAGAUUGAUAUGAUAUUUGGCAUCCUUUUGA